AUGCCUGGUCUAGGGGGACGGUGGGAUGCACAGCCCCAGUCAGGGCCACAUCUCAGUGGGGCUGAGUUUGUUACUUCACUGUCAGUACCCAAGGACCCCUGCGGUUGCUCUGCCAGCGUGGGACGCAUCUGCCCAGCGCACGGGGACGACACCGUGGCCGUGCCAGAAACCGCCCAAACUGCCACCGUUCCAGCCACUGUCCUGUCCUCCACUGAGCACCUGCUCGGCCAUUCCCAGCAGAAUCCAACGUGGGCAAAACCAGCUGCAAACAGAUUUUGGCUGUGGCUCGGCCACACGUCUCCUCAUGGUGGGGUUUUUCCACACUGGGGCCAAGUUUUCCUGGGCAUCUUUCAACCCUCCUCGCCAGGGAAGACGGUCAACCUCCUGUACGCGGUGCUGCACUCCCUUCUGAGCUGCCUCAUCCCCCCAGCCAACCUGCUGGUGAUUGUGGCCACCUACCAGCUGAUGAGGAAGCAGCCAGGCACCAGCUACAUCAACAUCCUCAACCUGACCACCACUGACCUGCUGGUGGGCAUGAGGUGCAUCGCUGAGGCACUGGACAACAGCCUCGACAGGGAUUUUGACCGCAGCAAGGCCUGCCUCCUGCGCAUCGCCCCGAGCAUGACGCCUUGCAUCGGCUCCAUCCUGACCCUGCUCCUGAUCUCCCUGUACAGGUACCUGGCGGUGACGCUGCCACUUUCCUACUCCACUCUCCUGAAGAAAAUGCCCAUGGUCCUCUCCCUUGUUGUCCUCUGGAUGCUGUCCUUCCUUUUCUGGCGCUUGCCUCUGAUCUUGCCCUCCCUCCAGCGAGGCAACUACACGGGUUACUGCGGGCUCCUGUACGUGGCCAAGAGUGAGUACCUCUACGCAAUCUGCUUUGGCACCUUUGCUCCAUCGCUGCUGGUGCUGGUGUGCCUGCACGUCUCGGCAGGCAGCAUCGCCUAUGUGCAGCACACGCAGCUCCAGCACGCCUGCACCCAGACGGGGCGCCUCCGCGCCUGCCCGCAGCACUUCAAGGGACUGUGGACCGUGCUCAUCGUCCUCGUUGGCUUCAGCCUCUCCUGGGGCCCCUACCCGGUGGGGGGCACCGUGCAGGCCACCUGCAGCUCCUGCAACCUGGCCGGCCUGCUCAAGGGUGCCUUACUACUGCUGGGCGAGACCAGCUCCCUCAUCAACCCCCUCAUCUGCGCCCUGUACAGCAAAGACAUCCGGAACCACCUCACAAAGCUGCUCAGGUGCAGGAUGAAAGGUGCAGGAUGA